AUGGCGGUCGAAUGGCACUUCAAACAACUUCACCAAUUCAACGAGGACGAGAGAGAAGAAGUAUAUAACCUUCGUGACUCAGUCUUUUCUUCAAAUGGUGAGAAAGAUUUAGGACAUCCCCCAAUGGACGAAGUCGACGAGUAUUGUUUCCAUAGCUUUGGCUGGGAUGAAGAUGGUCUUGCUGCUUAUUGUCGAGUUAUCCAUGAAGAAGAAGGUGUAUAUCGCAUUGCUCGUGUCCUUGUUCCCAAGCGAAUGCGAGGAAAAGGUUUUGGCCAGAAGUUGAUCAGUCAUACAUGUGAUCGAAUUAAAGAAGUCUUUGAUGGCAAAAUGGUCACUUUGGAUGCAUUAGAAGAUAUCCAUCGAAUGUAUUUCAAGGUUGGAUUCAACUUAACUGGUGCGACCACUGAUUUCAAUGGCAUUCCAGCUGUCACUAUGACAAGGAAUUUAUAA